AUGUUAUUUGUGUUGUGUUUAUUAACUCUUAAAACUGAAUUAAAACCAUAUGACUAUAUAGUUAAGUCUGGAAUUGCUACUAAGGUUUAUGUUCCAUUGAGUUAUGAAGAUGAAAAAAAUACAUUACAAACAUUCUCCAUACAAAGAAUAGAAACAACAGACGAACCAAUCACAUUCAAAAUUAAUGCUAUGACUCUUGAAGCUGAAGGUGUUCCAACACCUAACAAUGAAGUUUAUAGUGAAUCUGAUGAACAAAGUAAAAGUGAAGAAACAUCAAUAGAUGGAACUAAUGCACUUGCCAUUGUUGGGUUGUUAGCAAUCAUCAUGUUGAUUGCAUUUUAA